AUGAUCAUCCGGGCAGUCCGGGCUGUCCGUGCGGGGUCAGCGAGUGGAGGCGGCGGAGCGGCUCGGUCGCAGUUGAGCGAGAGUGCCGCCGGUAGCGGUGCUGCUGCGAGGCAUGCUCUCCAUGGUGCUGUGGCCAACUCGCUCCACACCGUGAGCUGCUCUGGUGGUGCCGCAAGGCUGUUCUCGGCCCGGGCUGCCUCCCGAGCCUUGGUGCCUUCGGCGCCGGCUCCGUCCCUCGCCUCAGUCUCGGCCCCAGGCAGCGGGCGGACGCUGGCGCUACUCGGCCGGCAGUCUGGGUGGGCAUGGGGCGCGCCGCCGCCGCCGGGCCUCGCGCGGAUGCUGCUGCAGGCCGGCGGGGGCCGGUCCGUGGCCGGCGGGGCGCUGCGGGCGUUGAGCACGGCGCGGCCGGUGUGGGCAGACAACGAGGACGAGGGCAAGAAGAGCGGAAAGAUAAGCAAGAAGGAGACCGAGGCCGAGGCUGCCGAGGCGCAGUCGCGACUGGCUAAGAUGUGGGUGGCGACCAAGAAGAUGGCCCACCACCACUGGACCGGGUUCAAGAUGCUGGGCACAGAGACCCGCAUUGCGUCCAAGUACUUGAUCAAGCUGGUCCGCGGGAACCAGCUGACGCGGCGCGAGCGGCGGCAGCUGCGACGGACAGCGGCAGACCUGUUCCGAGUCAUUCCACUGGCCAUGUUCCUGGUCGUUCCGUUCCUCGAGCUCCUCCUCCCGGUCGCGCUGUACAUUUUCCCCAACAUGCUGCCGUCGACGUUUGAGGACGAGGCCAAGGUGAAGGAGAAGCGCCGCAAGGAGCUCAAGAUCCGGCUGGAGAUGGCCAAGUUCCUCAAGGAGAUCCUGCACGAGGUGGCUGACGAGACCAAGCUCAAGUCCGGCGAGGCGCGCGCCGAGGAGCUGACCUCGUUCAUGGGCAAGGUGCAAGCCGGCGAGCCUGUCGACAACGAGUCGAUCCUGCGGAUGGCGAACUUGUUUGGCGACAAGCUGACUCUGAGCACGCUGACCCGGCCGCAGCUGCAGAACAUGUGCAAGUACAUGGGCAUUUCGCCGUACGGCACAACCGGGUACCUGCGGUUCCAGCUCGAGAACCGGUUCGAGACCAUCAAGCAGGACGAUCUAAUGAUCAUGGACGAGGGCGUCGACUCGCUCUCGGAUGAGGAGCUGGUCCAGGCCGCCAUCUCGCGUGGCAUGCGCGGCGUCGGAGUCGACCUCGACAAGCUUCGCGCCCAGAUCUCCGAGUGGCUCUAUCUGCACAUCGAGGAGCAGGUGCCGGCGGCCAUGCUGGUCCUCUCACGCGCGCUGCUCAUCUCCGAAAAGGUGGCGCCGGCCGUCCGCCUCCAGGACACCAUCCUGGCCUUCCCCGAGGAGAUCAUCGACGAGAUUCGGGCCGAGGAGGUCGACACCGAGGAUGACGACGAUACCGCGGCUGAGAAGCUGCGCCUACUCAAGAUCGAGGAGGAGGCCAUCGCCCGCGAAGCAGCCAAGGCCAAGGAGCUCAAGGACAAGGAGGACGCCGCCAAGCAGGCUGCGCGCCAGGCCGAGGAGGACGCCGCUGUCAAGACUGCUAUCCAGGAGGACACCAUCCGCACCAAGUCGCUCGCAGAUGCCACCAUGGCCGCGACAGCCGCCGCAACGGUGGCUUCCGCCACCGCCACAGUCAUCGCCGCCGAGGCCAAGCGGGCAGCUGCAGCACGUGGCGAGGACGUCGGUGACGACGACGCCGCCGCCCGUCCGGGCGCUGAGCCGCUGGAGCGCAUGCACGAUGUCGUCACCGCUCUCUCGUCCGAGGAGCUGCAGCAGCUCGAGGAGGCCGUCGUCACCCUUGCCUCCGACUCGGCCCUCGAGAAGGAGAAGGAGGCGCUCGAGGCGCUCAAGGCGUCCGAAGAGAAGGACGCCGCUGCCGCCGAGGCCGAAGCACAGUCGGCCGCCGCCGCUGCCGCCGCCGCCGCUGUCUCCAAGGACAAGCGCGUGGUCGCCGAGACCAAGCUCCUCUCGUCGCUCGAGCGCAAGAUUGCCAAGAUGGUCUCGUCCCUUGAGGAGGACAUUCACGACGCCGAGUCAGAGCUUGGCGCCUCGCUCAAGACCAUCGACAUCGACGGCGACGGCUGCAUCUCCGCCGCUGAGUUUGCGCUCGCCGUCUCGUCGAUGAAGCACAAGCUGACCGAGAAGCAGCUCGACGACCUCUGGGCCAAGAUCGAUCUCGACAACGACGACCGCAUCUCCAUCGACGAGCUCACCAACUAUGUGGUCGAGCAGGCUGAGCUCGCCCAGCUUGCCCGCGAGGCCGCCCUCAAGAAGCGCACACCCUCAACGUCGUCGUCCCCGGCCGCCGAUGCCGACAAGGAAUGA